UUCUUUUUGCAUUUGCAGUUUCCGUCCGUUAAAUUCCAUUCAUUUCCGUUUAUCCACAACCUGCAGUUUGCAUUUCAUUCAUUAUAUAUUACAAAAUGAUUUCCGGUGAAAAAUUAGUUGAAGCUUUAAAAGAACUUACUAACUCAUUGUUACAGAAAGAAAAUAAUAAUAACGAUGAUGAUAUCGAAAAAAUCGAAGAAGAAAACAAUCAACUUCGUACAAAGAAAAUGGAGUUAAUGGUCAAUUUAGAACGUCCAUCCGAAGUUGGUAAUUCUCUUGUUCUGGUCAAAGACAUGUUAGCACGACAGAAAAACUUAAAUCAAUGUCAACUUGAGUUCAAGCAGAAUUCGAUUGUACGAUUUAAAGAUCGUUCUGGUGAAGUAAAAAUGGAAAAUUCUUCUUUGAAACAAAAACUACUAAAAGACAUUGAAAACUUAAUGACUUUGCCUUACCAUGAUGUUUUAGAUAAGGUCAUUGAAUUAGAGGAAAUAAUUGCUGAAAAUCUGUCAGUUAUUGAAGAACUAGCUAAACAGCAUUCUGAACUUAUUAAAAAUGAACAAAAUGAGGAAGAUUGUAUGGAAGAUAUACGUUUUAUUGAAACUUUGAAGAGUAUCGCAGAUUUACAGAGUAAACUCAUCGAGAAACUUAAAGAGAACAUCCCUAACCAUAUGAAUUAAAUAUGCAAAUAUAUAAAUUAUUUUACACAAAAUUGUUAACUGAAUUAAGCAAAAUUAAAAGCUGUAUUAAAAAUUAA